GGCGCAGCAGGCACAACAAAUGCCGCAAGUCAUGUCCCCGCCCAUCUAUAUGUCCCCCUACAUGCUCCCACAAGGCCAGCAUCAAUCCUGGUCUCAUCCCUCUGAAAUAAUGCGCCCUCCCUGGGCAUCGCCGCCCGUGGCGACCUCUGCCUACAGCUACCUUCCUCCCAUGCACCAGCCCACCCCACCACAGGUGCAGCCUCAGCCGCCCUAUCUCACUUGGUCGGCUUCGCCUAACGCGAUUCCGCCAGGUGCACUUAGGCGGGGUAUUAGUACGGAUAGUUCCCUAAGCGGAGAGACGAUCCGCGGAAUGGGAAGGGAAUGGGCGGUAGUUUCCCACCCUGCACCUCAGGAAGGGGCCAAACUCAAACGGAAGCCAACCAAGGAUAGGGAGGAAACGUACCAUUCUCUGGCGGACAUGGGGUCUUGGGGCAGAAGUGUCAUGUCUGCCGCGGUGGGCACGGGUGCCAACGAGUUGGGGCAGGUUGUUAACCCUCCCGCGCCGCAGCAGAUCAAGGAUGCGGAAAGAGAGAGGGAAAAGGAAAAAGAGAAACAGCACCAGAGGGAGGCGGAGGAAGCAGAGAGACAGCGCGAGCGCACCUCGGAGAUGACACGCAAGAGAAGCAUCUCUCAGCAUGUGCCUGUGGCUAAGCUCAGGCAGUUGCAACGUGAUGCGGAGGAAGAACGGGAGCGGUUGAUGCGAAAGGACCAGCAAGUAAAGAACGAGCAGACUGGCUUUGGGUUACUGAGGUACAGAAGCCGGAAAGAAAGCAAGGAGGGGAGUGUGGAGCGGAAGGAAAGCAAGGGUAAAGGGAAGGAUAAGGAGGUCGAGCGCAAGAGCUGGGACGAUGAGACUGCCCGGGACCUCCGCGAGCGAACGGACAGCGUCAUCACCAGUGUCGUUGAUGGUCGUCGCGACGCCCUCGGCAGGCGGGAAAGUACCAUGAAUGGCGAACCCAGGCAGCGUCGCAUCAGCUCGGACAACAUUUCACCCCCACGGCAGAUGGCUCCCCAAUACCAAAACUCACGCCGCGAGCGUCCGCCAUACGUGCGGAAGCGCAGCACCUCCAUUGACUCUGUUCUGAAUGCGGCGGCUCGGACGAGCGAGUACUAUGGGUAUGGCGCGCGUCCGUUAGUCGAACAGCCCGCAUAUAGUUAUUCGUCCUAUCCGAAUGGCGCCAACACCUGGUCAGCAUCGCACGCACCACCCCGGUACACCCCUGUACCUGUUUCAUCGCUCACCUCAUCCCGAUCGAUGAGUAGGCAACCUGGAUACACCCCCAUGACCGCGGGCGAGUUCAGGAGCCGUAGGCUGAGUACUGGCUCGCGUGGCAUGGAAAGAAGCGUAUCUCAGGCGCCGCUGCCAGCACCUGAGCGUCCACCCAUAGGCGGAUCAAACUCUUCACCUCCUGCUGUCACGAGAAGUACGUCAACGAAAGCCGGUGCUGGAUCGGGCUACACGAGUUUCAGCAUCUCCACAGGCCAGGUAAAUGGAAAUGGAGUUCCUCACGGUGCCGCCUUCGUUCCCGGGAAUGGAUCGGCUACUACUGACACGAAUGCCGCGGCCCGCCGAGUGAUCCCUGCCCCAAACAUGGACUGGAUGAAGUUCACUGAUCCUGCACCCAGCUCGACAUUUGUCGCAUCAUAUUCCAACGGAACUCAAAGUGCAUACGGUCCACCAAGGUCAAGCUAUUACACCAACACUGGCUUCAGCUCCGCGGAUUACUGGAAUUCUUACGCGCGCGGGGUGCCCCCAGUUGCUGGACGGGAGAACUAACAAAAGGACUUAAAGAUAUACCCCUUGGACCGCUGUUUUCGCUUCAUCACUGUACAACGUCCGCAUCUCGCAUUUUCCCUCCUCGAUAGAGAUCUUUGCAAUCUUCGGCUUAAAUUUCUUCUCUCAACAAGAUGACA